UGGCAAUUUUGAUAUUCAAACAAUCAAACCGCAGACUCCCAAAUUCCCCGCCACCAUGCCUGCAGACUCCCCCCUCAUCCCCACCACCACCACGCCGCCCGCCGCCGCCACCGCCGCUCCCGUUUCGUACACUCUCGCCCCAACUGCAGCCACCACCACCGCCGCCGCCGCCGCCAUUGCUCGUCCGCUUGCGAAUCAAGCGCCAUCGAGACCCAUUUCUUCAAUUCCUCCGACCCACCAUCUCCACUACCCUCCUCAAGCCCUCUACACGGCGCAGCCCAUCCCCGUUCGAACUCCUAACCAGCAAUUGCCCAAGGUUCAGCAAGACGCGUCUCAGGGAAUUCUUUACCCUGUCGCUUCCUCCGGCCGCGGCUUCGUUCCUCGGCCCAUUCGGCCGCUUCCCGCCGAUCAGGCCGUCACGGUAGCCAACGCUGCUGGGUUUCCACAUCGCCCGGUCGUCACGUUCCCGCAUCGGCCGGUCGGGUCGCCUCAUUUGGACGCCAUGAGCCAUCCAAUGCACAUGGGGCGACCUCCCAAUUUGCAACAGCAGCAGCUUCUUCCCCUUCCUGGCUCCGCCACUGCCGGCUCGAUUAAGGGUGCCCCAAAUUCCUCUGAUCCAAAGGUUUUUCCCCCAUCAACAAUCUGCGAGUCAAAUGGAUGUAAAGAAAUGAGGGAUAGAGUCAGAGACGACACUCUGUGCGUGAUAAGAGAUCGAAAAGUCAGAAUAACUGAUGGGGCCUCUCUUUAUGCACUUUGUCGAUCAUGGUUGAGGAAUGGUUCUCAAGAAGAAAACCAGCCACAAUAUGGAAAUUUUUUGAGGUCUCUUCCGCGACCUUUGCCCAUCCCCGUGGCUGGUGCUAUACCGUCACAGAAAAAGGAAGUAACCGAAGAAGAAGUUGGCGAGGAUGAUAAGGAUGAGCAAUCCAUUGCGCAGUUGUCAACACAAGAGCUAUUAAAAAGACAUGUUAGACGUGCAAAGAAGGUUCGCUCACGAUUGAGGGAGGAACGGUUGCAACGAAUUGAAAGAUACAAAACCAGGCUCGCUCUUCUCCUUCCUCCACCAGUUGAGCAGUUGAGGACCGAUAAUGCUGCUGGAAGCUGAGUCCAUUAAAUCCCGAAAUCCUCAUCCCUGUAAUCAAUGUGGACUGCUGUCCAAAUCAUUCUUCGCGAUUGCAGAUGGAGUCAGAGAAACAUUGAACAAAAGCGCAGAGGAUUAUAUGCAGGCAAGAAAAGAUAGAUAUUCGAUAGAAAUUGGUAAUUCUUGUCUUCCUAUCAGUUCCUUUUUGGCAGUUUGUACCAUGUGUUUUUACCAUUGUUGUGCUUUCAAGUAGGUUAAAAAACGAUGUCAUUUACUGAGGUUAGAAAUGGAGGAAAUUGAGAAGUAAAUCACAUAUGUUCCCCCCUUUUUUACCUAACUUCUGUUGCUAAAAUUCCCAUUUAACAUCAUCACUUAGUUA